GAAAUAACACCUACUUUGAGGUUUCAGGGACAAGUCUUGUGCUAUCACAAUAUUACUCCGCCCAAACAACGAGAUUCGGUCUUUGUAGGCCCAAAGGCAUGGAUUUCAAGAAACAAUAAAUAUAUAUAGCUUUCUUCAAAAUCCAGUUUCUCAAGUCUCGAGAUGUCUAAGAAUUUGGAGAGAGAGAAAGCUCCAAAGCUUCCAUGGAAGUUCCGGAUGCUUGUCCGCCUCAACGCCGCCGCCUCAUACGUCAGCCGCCGCUCCAACAUGACCGUCAACCGCCGCUUGAUGAGCCUCUUCGACCCCAAAACCCCUCCUUCCACCAAACCCCGCCACGGCGUUUCCUCCCACGACGUCGUUUUCGACCCCAAUSGCAACCUCUGGUUCCGCCUCUUCAUCCCCUCCGCCGUUCCUGAUAAUCUCACCGUGCCCGUCGUCGUUUACUAUCACGGCGGCGGCUUCGUGUUUUUCUCCGCCAACUCCCAGCCCUACGAUGACCUCUGCCGGCGCCUCGCACGUGACCUCCGUGCCGUCGUCGUCUCCGUCAACUAUCGCCUCUCUCCCGAGCACCGGUACCCGUGUCCCUACGAGGACGGAUUUGACGCCGUGAAGUUCCUCGACGAMGUGGGUUUCGAUUCCCUUUCUUUUCCGGUCAAAGCUGACCUCGGCCGCUGUUUUCUUGCCGGAGAUAGCGCCGGCGGCAACCUGGCCCACCACGUGGCAGUUAGAGCCGCCGACUACGAUUUCAACAAGGUGAAUAUCAAAGGAUUAAUCACAAUCGAACCAUUUUUCGGCGGGGAGGAGCGAGUAGAGUCAGAGAUUCAAUUCAGCGAGUCGCCGAUGGUCAACUUAGAACAAGCAGAUUGGUAUUGGAAAGCGUUUCUGCCAAAUGGGUCCAACAGAAACCACCCAGCGGCGCACGUGUUCGGACCCGAUGCAGGAGACAUCUCCGGCGUGAAGUUUCCGGCGAYGCUUCUGAUCGUGGGAGGACAUGACCAGUUACGAGAUUGGGGAAGAAAGUACUACGAGUGGCUGAAAGGGGCAGGAAAAGAAGUGGAUUUGGUUGAAUAUCCAAAGGCCAUUCAUGGAUUUUAUGCAGUUCCUCAGCUGAAGGAUGCUUCGUUGCUAAUUAAAGAUGCCAAUGAUUUCAUGCAGAAACAGUUGGCGGUGUAAAUUUGGGGUUCAUGAACUGAGGAUCCAAAAGCUGAAUGAAUACUUUUUAUUUGUUGCAACUUUCUUUGUAUUCUUUUGGGUAAUUUAAAACAUGGCUUUGCUUUGGAACGAAGUUUUUAUUAUGUUUUUCUUAAAAUGUUGUAUUUAAGUUCUUUCAGUUUUAAUAAUUAAUGGCUUAAUACACCAUGUGAUUCAUAGUUU